AUGGACCCUCAGAUCGACUGGGACGAGGCCGAAGUAGAUGCAGAAGUUCUUUGCGAGAAUCUACGCGAAAUAGGAAGGGACCUUGAGCUACUCGAGGAGUUUGGAAUCAGUCUCACGGAUGACGUAAUCGCAACCUUCCCCAAACUUCGCGUUCUGCGCCUCACCCAAGCACCCAUCAAACUCGACGGCCUAGCCGACACCGACCCACGCAUCGGCCCGUCCUACCAGCGACAAUGGCGCUAUCAACAAUUUGCCGAGCAGAGACUCCAGCGUCUGGUCAAGAAGGGGUCGAAAGUCCAACUCCUUGCCUUCAGCCCCACGAUUUCGCACGCAGAUGAAGUUGUGCUUGAGGAUGGCAAUGGGCAUAGGUGGCCUCACUACUACUACCUUCGCAGGGAGACACAGAUCAUGCUCCCUGGUGGUAAAUACGCCACCAAGGUAUAUGCGAUGCCGGUCAAGAAGGACGAGAUUGAGGAUUACAUGCGGUGGCCAAGGGUGUUGAACGAUCCAUAG